UUAGAUAAGGCUGUUCUGGACCAGUUGGUACGUAGUGCAUGGUAGUUGUACCGAGUGUCCGCAUAGUCGGUAAAUUGUUGGAUGCGGAACUUUUCAAGGCGCUCGUGUUUAAAUUUUUCAGUCCUUUUCUACCAAAAAGAUUAAUUAUGGCUACUAGUGAAGAAAGUGAUUUAUUAAGAAUUACGCCACUUGGAGCUGGCCAAGAAGUUGGGAGAUCAUGUAUAUUUAUUGAGUUUAAAGGCAAGAAGCUUUUGUUAGAUUUAGGGAUUCAUCCUGGCUAUAAUGGAUUAGAUUCAUUACCUUUUAUUGAUGAGAUUGAUCCUGGAGAAGUUGAUCUACUGCUUAUUAGUCAUUUUCAUUUAGAUCACUGUGGUGGAUUGCCAUGGUUUCUUGAGAAAACUCAUUUUAAAGGACGAGUGUUUAUGACACACCCUACUAAAGCUAUUUACAGAUGGCUUUUGGCUGAUUAUAUAAAAGUUAGCAACAUAUCAGCAGAUCAAAUGUUGUACACUGAAAAAGACUUAGAAAAAAGUAUGGACAAAAUUGAAACUAUGCACUUCCACCAAGAGAAAGAAGUGAGUGGGAUAAAAUUUUGGGCAUACAAUGCUGGUCAUGUGCUUGGUGCAGCUAUGUUCAUGAUAGAAAUUGCUGGUGUAAAUAUUCUUUAUACUGGAGAUUUUUCGAGACAAGAAGAUCGUCAUUUAAUGUCAGCUGAAAUUCCAAAUAUUAGCCCUGAUGUUUUAAUAAUGGAAUCAACAUACGGUACACAUGUUCAUGAAAAGCGUGAACAACGAGAGAAACGGUUUACUAGCACAAUUCACAAUAUCAUAAGCAGAGGUGGAAGAUGUUUGAUUCCAGUUUUUGCAUUAGGACGUGCUCAAGAACUACUUUUAAUUCUAGAUGAGUAUUGGAAUCAACAUCCUGAGCUGCAAGAUGUACCUGUUUAUUAUGCCUCAUCUUUAGCCAAGAAAUGUAUGGCUGUUUAUCAGACCUACAUUAGUGCCAUGAAUGAAAAAAUCCGAAGACAGAUCUCCAUAUCAAAUCCUUUUGUUUUCAAACAUAUAUCAAAUUUAAAAGGAAUAGAUUCCUUUGAUGAUAUUGGACCAUCUGUUGUUUUGGCAAGUCCAGGAAUGAUGCAAAGCGGACUUUCGAGAGAACUAUUCGAAACCUGGUGCACUGACCCUCGAAAUGGUGUUAUUAUAGCUGGCUAUUGUGUUGAAGGAACCCUUGCAAAGGAAUUGAUGUCAGAACCCGAGGAAGUAACAGCAAUGAAUGGACAGAGAAUGAAAAGAAAUAUAUCUAUUGACUACAUCUCAUUUUCUGCACAUGCUGAUUUUGAACAAAUCAGUGAGUUCGUUGACAUACUUCGACCUCCUCAUAUUGUAUUAAAUCACGGAGAACAAAACGAGAUGAGCAGACUUAAAGCUGCUAUCAUUAGAGACUUUGAAGACCGAGGUAUAAGCAAUAUUCAGGUCUAUAACCCUAAAAAUUGUCAAAGUGUUGAACUGCAUUUUAGGGGGGAAAAAAUGGCUAAGGUAAUUGGAAGUUUAGCUUCCGGAAAAGCUGAGCAUGGUAAACCUAUUUCAGGAAUUCUUCUUAAACGUGGAUUCAAUUACCAUGUAAUGGCGCCGUCGGAUCUUUCGAGUUAUACUGAUUUAUCUACUAGCACCAUAACUCAGCGACAAAUUAUUGGAUUUCGAUCGUCGUUUUCUCUUCUUUGCUCAAGCUUAAAGCAAUUAUGUGGUAAAGUCGAACAGUUUAUUCAUGUUGGUAAGCCAGCUCUUAGGUUAUUUGAUGGCCAUAUUACUGUUUUCCAAGAUCGUGGUUCUGUUAUUCUCGAGUGGUUGUCUAAUCCAAUGAGUGAUAUGUUUGCCGACGCUACUUUGGUAGUAGUUUUAGAGGUUGAGUCAAAUCCAUCUCAAGUUCAGUCGGCUAAAUCUUUGCACAAAAGAGGUGGCAACUUUCAGCAGCAUCUCAUGCAGCUACUCAACGAUAAAUAUGGCCCUAAAAAUGUAAUUGAAAGUGAACAGGGAGAUAUGGUUACUGUUGAUGUUGAUGGAGUAUUAGCUAUUAUUGAUUUUGAAACUUUGACAGUAGAUUGUUCUGAUGAUGGGCUGAAACACCUAGUUAGCGCACUUGUAAAUAACCUGAGUCAAGCAAUGACGCCUUUAACAUCUUAAUUACUGUGUAAAGAGUUAUAUACAAGAUGCUAACUAUUUUGCAUAUGACAGUAUGAUCUCCACUGCGAAUUAAUUCUUGGAGAAUUUUUUCUGCGUGAAAUAAGCUCACACUUAAUAUGCUCAUCCUGAACCUUAUGUGAGAAAGUCAACAAAAUUUUUAUUCAAUAUGUGCAUUACAAUUGUUGAAAUAUUUGCAAGAUAUUAUAUUAGAAGGAGUUCGUAUUA